CCCCCGACCGCCGUCAAGAUGAAGCUCAACAUUUCCUACCCGGCCAACGGCUCGCAGAAGCUGAUUGAGAUCGACGAUGAGCGCAAGUUGCGCAUCUUCAUGGACCGCCGUAUGGGCCAGGAGGUUCCCGGCGACAGCGUCGGUGACGAGUUCAAGGGCUACGUCUUCAAGAUCACCGGCGGCAACGACAAGCAGGGCUUCCCCAUGAAGCAGGGUGUCAUGCACCCGACCCGUGUCAGGCUGCUCCUCGCUGACGGCCACUCCUGCUACCGUCCCCGCCGCACCGGCGAGCGCAAGAGGAAGUCGGUCCGUGGCUGCAUCGUCGCCGCCGACUUGUCCGUCCUCGCUCUCUCCAUCAUCAAGCAGGGCGAGGCCGACAUUCCCGGCCUGACCGACACCGUCCACCCCAAGCGCCUUGGCCCCAAGCGCGCCACCAAGAUCCGCCGCAUGUUCGGUCUCAGCAAGGAGGACGAUGUCCGCAAGUUCGUCAUCCGCCGCGAGGUCCAGCCCAAGGGCGAGGGCAAGAAGCCCUACACCAAGGCUCCCAAGAUCCAGCGCCUGGUCACUCCUCAGCGCCUCCAGCACAAGCGCCACAGGAUCGCGCUCAAGCGCCGCAACGCCGAGGCCCAGAAGGACGCCGCCACCGAGUACGCCAAGCUCCUCCACCAGCGCGUCGUCGAGGCCAAGUCGGCCACCGUCGAGGCCCGCAAGAGGAGGGCUUCUUCCAUGAGGAAGUAGAGUGUGGGCGUCAAGGCCGGGAAUGGAGAAUAGCCGUCAGCUUGCCGACGGUUGGCUCAAAAAGAUUAAGCAGAUGUAUCACAUUGGGUUCGGAUGAAGGCAUGGGCAUUUCGUGGAUCAAGAUCAAUCGGUUGAAUGCAGGGCGUACGCGAUCAUGGAAUGAUACAACACACCAAUGCAUAUCAACCUUGGAAGUUCAGCCGGA